CAGGGAACCAAAAUCUUUACGAAAUAAAAUGUCUGCACGAUAAUUGUAGAAUUUUGGGCGAAGCGAGUAUUUCUCUGGAUUAUAUUGAGGUAGAAAUGUUUGCUUUAAUUUCGAACGGAAAGAAGUUAAUUGAUAUAUAAUUAAAAAUCACUCACUAAGAAGGCAUUUGGUAAUAAACUAACCUCUAAAAAUUACAUGCGACUAAAUGUUUGCAAAAGCAUUUUGGUAAUAGCACAUCAUUUAUUAAAGAAGAAAAUAAUACCUCAUAAUGGCUGAUAAAAUAAGGGUGAAGUCUAACUUUAAUGUAAAGGGCAAUUAUGAACCCUCUGAUUCAGAAGAAGAAUAUUCGGAGUCAGAUAAAAAACUUUUAGAAAAGGUUCUUAAGAGAAAACAUAAUGAAGAUGAUAAUGAGGAAGAAAUGUUCGCUUUUUCAGAAUCUGAUGAUGAAGUAGAUAAGAGAGAAGAUUUGGGUAUUGCAGAUAGUGAUGUUGAGGGUCAAGAACAAUCUGAUGAUGACUUGCCCGAUUCAAAAGCAUGGGGAAAGAAAAAAGGUGUUUAUUAUGCUACUGAUUAUGUUGAUGAAGAUUAUGGAGGGUUUGGUAAUGACGAAGAAGCUGCUCUUUUGGAAGAAGAAGAAGCAAAAAAUAUUCAAAAAAGGCUUCUGGAACAACUAAGUGAUGAAGAUUUUGCAUUAGAUUUUUUUAACAAACAGCUGGUUAAUGUGGACGAAAAAGAAACUGUUAUCAAAAGUGACUUGAGUCAGAUGUCCAAAAGGCAGAAGAUGCAGUUACUUGAGAAAGAAAGCCCUGAAUUCGCUGGUUUGAUUGAAGAUUUCAAAACAAAACUCACAGUUGCUAAGGAUGAUUUACAUCCACUUUUAAAACUCAUAAAAGAUGGUAAAGUACCUAAAUGUCCUGCAUCAAAAUUUGUUAAAACAAAUUAUGAUCUAAUCUUAAAUUACUGUACAAACAUAAGCUUUUAUUUACUACUUAAAAGUCAAAAAAUCAAUAUUCAAAAUCACCCUGUUAUCAAGAGAUUGUAUCAGUACAGACAAAUGUUGAACAAAAUGGAACCUAUAUUCUUGGAAGUUAUUAAACCACAAAUAGACAAAAUAUUAACUGCUGUGCAGAAUAAUUUAGAACUUCGUGUUACUGAGGUCAGUACUGAAAUGAAAGAAAGCAGAAAACGCAAGUCUCACAAUGUUGUUUCUGAAUCAUCAGCCAAGAAACUGAAACUCAUUAACACAUUAGAAAAAGAUGAUGGUGAAGAUACGGGUGUUUCAGAUGAUGAAGAAAACUAUGAAGGAACUGAUUUCUUCAAGUCGAAAAAUGAAAGAAAUACUACAAGGAAUAGUGAUCAAUCAGAAGAAAGUGGUUUUUCAGACAAUGAUAACUCUCCUAAUGAUGUAGAGGAUGUUACCAAACCUUCAACAUCAUCACAAUCUUUCAAUAUUGUUAAUGAAGAAAUAGGAGAUAAGAGACAAAUUACUUAUCAAAUUGCAAAGAACAAAGGUCUAACACCACAUAGAAAGAAGGAACAGAGAAAUCCCCGAGUGAAACAUAAACUCAAAUAUAGAAAGGCAAAGAUAAGGAGGAAGGGUGCCAUACGUGAGCCUAGAAAUGAAAUCACUAGAUAUUCUGGGGAAGCAUCAGGCAUUAAAGCUAAUGUUAAAAAGAGCAUUAAAAUUAAGUAAUAAAAGUUAAU